GACAUUAGAUCCGAGUUCGCGAUUUGAAUCGACUGCCAUGCUCCGCCCGUUAAUAAUUAUGCAUCUCACGCGGUGAAUCUCCAUCCUGGAAAGUCUUCCAACGUUUAAUGUGGUCACAAUAAACACACAGUGCAUACAUAUACGGAUUACAGGCAAUUUUCGCGAAUCACACGUCGCCUCGUCGUAUAUAUAUAUAUAUACACUUUUAUUUGAACCUGGUAUGAAAAAUUUGAAAAUGUUUUUGAAAAUAUUGGCAAUCCUCUGGCUACCCCUGAGGCUGGGCUCCUGCACGGAUUCGUUGGGAUUGUUCGAGGAUGUCUUGAGGCGGUUCGACCCGUUUCCUGCAGCAAACUCAGCGGGUCCACUUGAGGACGAGAGUCACGUGCUGCCGAAGUACGACUUCGUAAUAAUCGGCGCGGGUUCGGGAGGAUCAGUUCUGGCGAAUCGCCUGACGGAAAUUCCAGGAUGGAACGUGCUGGUGUUGGAGGCAGGCGGGGACGAGAUAUUUAUAACCGAAAUUCCUCUGCUGGCUCCGCUGCUCGACGUGACGUCCUUCAAUUGGGGCUACAAAACGGAGCCGGGACCAGCGGACGACAAGGGCAAGGGUGGUUUCUGUCUGGCGAUGGAAGGUGGCAGGUGCAAUUGGCCUCGCGGCAAGGCGGUCGGUGGGACUUCGGUGAUAAACUACAUGAUGUACACGCGGGGUGCCCGGGGUGAUUACGACGCCUGGGAGGCGAUGGGGAACCCGGGAUGGGGCUUCCGGGAAGUUUUGCCGUACUUCCUGCGCUCGGAAAACAUCCGGAUCCCGAAAUUGGACCGACGGUACCACAGAACUGGCGGCUUCCUGGACGUCGCCCACUCGCCGUACGCCUCGAAACUCCGGAGUGCUUUCCUGGGGGCAGCCGAGGAGAUGGGCUACCAUAUUAACGACUACAACGCCGAGCGUCUCCUGGGCUUCUCGGUGGCCCAGGCGAACCUUAGAAACGGACGUAGAGUCAGCGCAGCUAAGGCCUUCCUGGAGCCCGUAAGGAAUCGGCCGAAUCUCCGGAUCUCCAAGGCCUCCAGGGUCACCAGAAUCGCGGUUGACCCUCGAGAAGGACGUGCCAUCGGCGUCGAGUUCGUGAAGAACCGGCGGCGCCACUUCGUCAGGGUCUCCAAGGAGGUCCUCCUCUGCGCCGGUACCCUGAACUCGCCCCAGCUCCUCAUGCUCUCUGGGAUCGGACCCAGCGAGCAUCUCCGGUCCCUCGGAAUCCCCGUCGUCCAGGACCUCCCCGUCGGCCUGAACCUACAGGACCACGUCAGCAUGUCUGCCUUAACGUUCCUCGUCAACGAGAGUGUGACUAUCGUCGAGGCCAGGAUGGUGUCCAACCCAGCCAACACUCUGGACUUCUUCCUCAGGGGCACUGGGCCCCUAACCAUUCCUGGAGGCGCCGAAGGACUCGCUUUUCUUGACACCCAACGUCCCACCAAAUCUUCGAGCUCCAAGGACCAGUCGGGAAAUUCGCUCUUCGGCGACGUCAGUGGGCCCAACGGCUUACCCGGAAGCAACUCGGACUACGCGGACAUAGAGAUCGUCAUGGGGUUGGGCGCGCUGACUGGCGAUACUUCCGGCAGUGUCAGGAAGAUCCUUGGACUGAGAGAGGAAUUCACGAAGGAAGUCUUCGGCGACUACGAGGGUCUUGACGCGUUCAGCCUGGUCCCAAUCCUGCUGCAUCCUAAGAGCAGAGGCAGAGUGACGUUGAAGAGUGCAGAUCCUUUUCACUGGCCGAAACUAGAGGCGAAUUAUUACGAACAACAGGAGGACUUGGACACCAUGGUUAGGGGCAUAAAAAAGGCGAUCGAGCUGGCCGGAACCAAAUCCUUCAAGCGCUACAACGCCACUCUCCUCCCGGUCACUUUUCCCGGAUGUCGCGACGUCCGAUUCAAUUCCGACCCUUAUUGGGCUUGCGUCUCUCGCCAAGUGAGCACGACCCUUGGGCACUUUGUUGGCACCUGCAAAAUGGCACCGAGGGAGGAUUUUGGCGUGGUCGAUGCUCGUCUCAGAGUUCACGGGAUCAAGGGUCUCAGGGUCGUCGACGCCAGCAUCAUGCCGACGAUAAUAUCCGGGCAUACAAACGCCCCGACUUACAUGAUCGGGGAAAAGGCCAGUGACAUGAUUAAGCAGGAUUGGGGGGAGUUCGCACGACCGUCAAGACUGUGAAUCGUUAUGAAUUUCUAUCCGAAAUUGUGAGCCUCAAAUCAAAAUAUAUUG